GACCAGCAUGUUCGAGCUGUUGGACGUAUGCGGCAUCCCGGGGAUUGAGAAAUGCAUCCAGACGUCGCAGAGAGUGAGCGGCCCGCACCUCUCAUGAACACAUCCUCCUUUAAACUCCCUCUUUCCUGCUCCUCUCUUCUCCCUCUUCCCUCCUCACCUUCAUCCCCAUUAUUCCUCCUCCCCUUCUUCUUGUUUCCUUCUCUGCUUCCCAGGAAGUGGAAGUGGCUAUUGUGUUGAGCAAGUAAGCAGCUAGGAAAGAGAGGGCAUCGGACAAGGGUCUGAGAAUAGAAGAAGUAGAUUAUGAACGUCGCGCAAUGUAUGUAUGGACAAUGAAGCGUUGGUCAUCUUGUUCGUGAAAGUCCUCCUAGCUAGGUUGAUUCCCAGCCGCUUUGUUGCUUGAAACAACGACUUAACAACGACUUCUGGAAUGUCGAAUACUGUGUAGAUCGUCUGUGAAGCAAUUGCAGAGAAAAGUUUAUUUUGGAAUCGAGAUGAGUGAGUGUUGGGAAUAAGUGAUAGCCCCUCGAGAAUAGAGUUGUGUGGCUUCCCUGAUGUGAAUGUGGGAGUUGUUGGGUGUGCAGAAAGGGUGCCAAGUAGGAGAUGGCUCGCAACGAGGACUGAUUGUUUUCUCAGGUGGUUGACGGUCAUUAUCCUCAUGUGAUGCCUCACUCCAGCAACUUGAAGUUCUGGGAGCAGGGGCUCACGUCAGACAUUGGCAAGAGUUUCCUGAUCGGUCACAAGAGGUUGGGUAACUCGACAGAGAUGCAGUGGGAAGGACUUUCCCGCAGUGUAGGAAGCUCAGGCACAAAGUCUGCCCUGUACAAGCAGAUGUACGCUGAGGGACAGCGGGCACCAUGGGGAUCUUUUUAAGGUUGAGAAUGGUGCGAAGGAAGGUUACGGAUGUACAGACAUUGAGAGCUCUAAGAAUGAAUCGUGUUACAUUGC